GGACACAAAUUUUCUAUAAAUAGAAGGACAGGUCAAAACUUAUCAGUGUGGAAUCAUUCAGUGGCAUAGUGGUGUAGUGGUGACAUAAUGAGGGAAAUCAUGCUGGUGUUCACUGCAAUCUUGAUCUGUUCGAAUGCUUUUGUGGUCCACGGUGCAUAUUUGGAUCCACAAUGUGCUCCCGGAAGAGAUACCGUAACCCAUCUGUUUGAGUGGAAAUGGACCGACAUUAAGGCGGAGUGUGAGAGGUUUCUCGGACCUUACGGUUUCUGUGCUGUCCAGGUGUCGCCGCCAAAUGAAAACGCGGUUGUAACCAACCCAAAUCGGCCAUGGUAUGAGCGGUAUCAGCCUGUCAGUUACAACAUCAUCACUCGCAGUGGCAACGAGCAACAGUUCCGAGAUAUGGUCACCGCCUGUAACAAAGCGGGGGUCAGAAUAUACGUGGACGCAGUUAUAAACCAUAUGACGGGUAGUUAUUCCGGUCAUGGAACUGGGGGAUCUAGCUUUGACGGCAAUGGGUGUCGCUUUCCCGGAGUUCCCUAUGGCCCAAAUGACUGUAACGGACAUGAUAACUGCCAUACUGGAGACAUCAGCAUCCACAACUAUGGAAAUCCUGAUGAGGUUCGAAACUGCCGUCUGGUUGGCUUGGCUGAUCUACGUCUUAGCUCCGACUAUGUUCGCGGAAAAAUUGCAGAUUAUUUUAAUAAGCUGAUUGGUUUUGGAGUUGCCGGUUUUAGAGUUGAUGCGGCCAAGCACAUGUGGCCUGGGGAUUUGGAAAACGUUUUUGGACGGCUGCAAAAUCUAAGAAGCGAUGUAUUUGGAUCAGGCAAGAAACCGUUCAUUUACCAAGAAGUAAUUGAUAUGGGUGGCGAACCAAUUACAAUGAAAGAAUAUUUCGGCACUGGACGAGUAACGAAUUUCAAGUACGGCGUUGAGUUGGCUAAUAUUUUCCUUCGCCACUCCAACCAGGCUAAAUGGCUGAGCAACUUUGGUGAAGGCUGGUCAAUGCCACCUACAAACGACGCCGUUGUGUUUCUCAGUAACCAUGACAACCAAAGAGGUCACGGUGGAGGAGGGGCUCCGAUCACGUUCAGAGAUCCAAAGCAGUUAAAGAUAGCCACGGCGUUCAUGCUGGCUCAUCCGUAUGGCUUUCCAAGGGUCAUGAGCAGCUAUGACUGGACACCAAACUGGCAGAAUGGCGAUGAUCAUAACAACUGGCAGGGACCCCCUCACAACGGCGACAUGAGUAUCAAGGAUGUCACGAUCAACUCUGACAUGUCUUGCAACAAUGGAUGGAUUUGUGAGCACCGAUGGCGUCAAACAUACAACAUGGUGGCCUUUAGAAAUGUGGUGGGAGGCACUCCUCUACAAAACUGGCAUGCUUUUGGGGACUACCAAAUAGCAUUUUCAAGAGGAAACAAAGGAUUCAUUGCAAUUGUUGGUGAUGGAAGCCACCUGAAUGUAAACGCUCAGACAGGACUUCCAUCUGGAACCUACUGUGACGUCAUUUCCGGAAAUUACGAAAACGGCGCGUGCACCGGAAAUAAAAUCCACGUAGACGGAAACGGAAAUGCACAUUUGGAUAUCGAUGGAAACUCAGAUGACCCCGUUAUUGCUAUUCACAUUGGAGCUAAAGUUGGCAGCCCGAAGAAAGUAACAGCAUAAAGAGCGUGCCAGUACAUGGACCACAUCCAUCGUCAAAUCCAUGCGUCUUUUUUCAUUGAUGUUAUUUAAUUAAAAACAAAAAUGCAUGGUGUUUAUUGAUUAAAACUGCAAUAAAUAAAGGAUGUCGGACCCGACCUAGAAUUUUACGUUAUCCAAUGUUUCGAUUUAUCCGUUUAAGUCCUUUAUGGAAUGCCUUUUUUCAUAGUUUGAACUGAAACACUUCUAGUAGUUUUAUAACAUAUUAGUUUAUAUAGAUAAGCUUUCAGACCCUUGACUUUUUACUUUAUUGUGUGUGUAUGUGUGUGCGCGCGCGCGUGUGUGUUUGUGCGCGCGUGUGUUGGUUAUUUUUAUUGAACAAUCGUUAAGUAUGACUGAACAAGAAUUUCACCCAGUCCAUAUAUGUUGUAUGUAAUAUUGUAUUGUGUCGUAUUUCUUUUAUAAAUUAAAACCCAAAAUAUCA